AGGUUCUCUCACGCGUCCCACCAACCAGCCCCCGCCCAUCCGCGGACCCGCCGGCGCCGCUACGCACACGCCCCGCCCGCCACACAGGACUCUCCUCCUCCCAACUCCAAUCCACUCGCUUUCCUCCACAGUCCACGGCCCCCGCCCCCGGAGCCGAUACCCCGUCCCUAUCGCCGCCGGCCACUCGUCGUUCCCCGCCGGCCUCCCGUCUCGGAUACCAUUCCUCCCAUCACAGGUGAAGUUUAGAUGGAGCUGGGGAUGUGAAUUUCAGAAAGGAUAAGUUUUUCACAUUUAAUACCACAUGAUGAAUGGUUCCACUGGUUCCCGGAAUCAUGUGAAUGGAAAGCAGGCGCAAAGUGUUGAUUCUCCUCGUCCUUCCAUGCUGAACAAUGGACCAAAACACCGUCCAUUGACUACAUUCAGACGCUGCCGCGGUGUAUUGUGCUUGGUGAUUAUGCUGUUAACAGCAUUUAUGAUGAUGGUUUACCUGGCCCCUGUCACUACUUUCCUUCUGCGGUUUUUCAGUGUGCAUUAUAGCAGAAAGUGGACAUGCUUUAUGUUCGGGAUGUGGUUAGCCAUGUUUCCUUUUUUGUUUGAGAAAAUUAACAGAACCAGGUUUGUUUUCUCUGGUGAAAGUGUACCCCCAAAAGAGUGUGUCUUGCUGUUUGCUAACCACAGAACUGAGGUCGACUGGAUGUACUUGUGGGAUCUUGCAUUGAGGAAAGGCCGUUUGCAGUCUAUCAAGUACAUCCUCAAGAAAAGUUUGAUGAAGUUGCCUGUUUUCAACUGGGCAUUUCACAUUAUUGAGUUCAUCCCAGUUGAGCGGAAUUGGGAGAUUGAUGAACCAUUAAUCCGAAGCAGGCUUUCGGGAUUGAGGAACCCCAAGGACCCCCUUUGGCUGGCAGUUUUUCCUGAAGGCACAGAUUACACUGAGAAGAAAUGUCUGAAAAGUCAAGAGUAUGCGGCAGAACAUGGUUUGCCUAUACUGAAAAAUGUCCUCCUUCCCAAGAUAAAGGGUUUCAAUUGCUGCCUGCAAGAGCUGAGGAGUUCCUUAGAUGCUGGAUUUGUGCAUUUAUCAGAAGAUAAUGCUUUCUGGUGGACACCUUUGGUCUGUUCAAAUUAUUGUCAGUCAGACCGACCUGUCAGCUUUGCACAAAACUGUGUUAAUCCUAGUUGUCAACGAGCAUUCCAAGUAUGUUCAACACACCAGUUUAUGAUAUCACAAUUGCAUAUAAACAUCGGCUUCCCACUUUUCUUGACAACCUAUAUGGUGUCGAUCCUUCCGAAGUCCACAUCCAUGCUGAAAUCAUUCAAGUCUCCGACAUACCCACAUCGGAAGACGAAGUAUCUGACUGGCUCACGGAGAGGUUUAGACUGAAGGACGAACUUCUGUCCGACUUUUUGAAACUAGGCCACUUCCCUAACGAAGGAACUGAAGAAGAUCUAUCCACAUUCAAGUGCCUCGCGAAUUUUGUAGCAGUGAUUAGCAUGUCAAGCUUCUUCAUGUAUUUAACCCUGUUUUCGUCCGUGUGGUUCAAGGUUUUCGUAGUGUGCAGCGCUUCUUUUCUUACGCUUGCCACCUGCUACUCUAUUCAUAUGCCCCAGCUCAUAUGUUUACCUGAGGUUGGCUCCCAUGCCAAGAAAUCUUGAACUUGGUGUAACUUGUAACUGGAAGCUGUGUAUCAGCAUGCAGCAAAGAGAUCUUUACUUGCCUA